UAAUGAAUAAGAAAAUGAAACAUUCGGGAUCUGUCACUUUAAGAAUGCAUGAAUCUAGUCUAAUAGAUUCAAUCUUAGAUUCAACUACAGCAAGAUAACCUCAUUCCUUAUGUGAAGAUUCAAUUGCCUUUAUUUUAAUGGCUUAAAGUGCAAAUGACCAUAUUAGAAUUAUCAGAGUAUAAUUAAAUAAUUUAAAUAGAGGAAAUUAUUCAAUCUACAAAGGAAAUUAGAAAUAGACUUCGUUAAAGCAUCCAAGAUAUGAAAUUGAGUCUAAACAAUCUUGAACAUGCAUAAUAAAGAGACAUACUUAAUACUGAAUAUGAAAUGACAGUCAAUGUUAAUAAGUUGAAAUCUGUAAUCUUUAUUUAUAUUUCUAUAAGAACUUAUUCCAGCUCAUCCAUGAUUAAAGAGACUAAAAUAAUCAAUUUGAUCAAUGGAUAGUCUCCUUACAAUAAGAUUGUGAUGAUAUCUAAUUUCAAAGUGAUAGGAUGGAUUAAAAAUUAUAAAACAUGUGCCAUAAAACAGGACAAUAUUAAUAUGUUGAUUAUGAUAACUAUAUUCAAUGA